ACCUUUUGCUCCCCACCACCACCUACCUCUCCCCUCUUAUUCCUCCUCGCCUCCUCCCCGCAUCCGUACACCGGCGCGCCGCUGAAUUCCUAACCCUAGCCCUUGCCUCCGCCUCUCCUCCAUGGCCGCCGCCCCCGCGUCCCCGUUCGCGUAGCCCUCCAUGGGAUCCGCCCGCGCCGCCGACGACGAAGGGAGGAGACCGACCGGGGGAGAAGAAUGAGGUGCUGCGCCAGCCGCGUGGCGUCCGCCGGGUGCCGGGCCAUGGGAGUUGCGGGUGGGGUGAAGGCGACGUCGCUCCGCAGCAGCCGCCGCCGCCGCGAGCUGCCGUCGCCGGCCCCGUUCUCCGAGCCCUUCACCGAACGCCCGGCGAUCCUAUAUAAUUAACUGGCCGCCCCGCGCCGUCUCUCCUCCGCUGCAUCGGUCGCCGGCUCUAGCUGCUGACCGCCGUGCGUAGCGGGCGCCCGCGCCGCUCCACGCGCUGUCCCGGCGAUCUCGCCUGGCUCAUCUCGCUCUGCUUCCUCUCUGCUUCCUGAUUCGUUCGUGCGCGUGGGGUGAUCUGAAAUGGAGGUGUUCGGCGAUCUGGAUAAGGUGGACGAUGCUGAGUGCGUGGAGGUGGAUCCGACCAGGCGGUACAUACGCUACAAUGAGGUGCUAGGGAGAGGAGCUAUGAAGACUGUUUACAAGGCAUUUGAUGAGGUUGAAGGCAUUGAGGUUGCAUGGAGCCAAGUGGAGAUAGAUGAGGUUAUGCAAUCUCCAGAUAAUCUUGAACGGCUAUACUCUGAAGUUCAUCUACUAAAGUCUCUCAAGCAUGAAAACGUAAUGAAGUUCUAUAAUUAUUGGGUUGAUGAUCAAAAGAAGACAAUUAAUGUUAUUACAGAACUUUUCACAUCUGGAAGUCUCAGGCAGUAUCGUCAGAAACAUCCACGUGUUGACUUGAAGGCAAUAAAGAAUUGGGCUAGACAGGUACUCCGUGGGCUGGAUUACCUGCACACCCACCAACCUCCAAUUAUCCACAGAGACCUGAAGUGUGACAACAUUUUUGUCAAUGGGAAUCAUGGAGAAGUUAAGAUUGGAGAUCUUGGAUUAGCCACGGUGAUGCUAACGCCUAGAGCAAAAAGUGUUAUUGGUACUCCUGAAUUCAUGGCGCCUGAGCUAUAUGAUGAGAAUUAUGAUGAACUUGUUGAUAUAUACUCAUUUGGAAUGUGUAUGUUGGAGAUGUUCACUCUUGAGUAUCCUUACAGUGAAUGUACAAAUGCAGCUCAAAUUUUUAAGAAAGUAUCUAAGGGUGUCAAGCCGGCUGCUCUGGCUAAAAUCACAAAUAUUCAGGCAAAACAAUUUAUUGAUAAAUGUUUAGUUCCUGCUUCUGAAAGGCUGUCUGCCAAAGAACUAUUGCAAGACCCCUUUCUUUGCUCUGAUAAUUCUAGUGUUCUUGUUGGCACUAAGUUUCCGUCAUCAUUACCCAAAUCAGUAGAUGUCUCUUUGGAAGCUUUGCACAUGGAUGUUGACACCAAUGAAUCUAUGUGUACUAGCACAUGCAAGAGAAAUGAUCUUGGUGGUCCACAUAGAUCUGUGUUGGAGUUCACGCGAACUAACAAAAACACAGAGCUAAAGCUAACAGGCGAGAAACUUGAUGACAAUUCAGUAUCACUGGUUUUGCGAAUUGCCGAUUUGUGUGGACAUGCAAGGAACAUUCAUUUUCUCUUCUACUUGGAUUCUGAUACAGCUAUGUCUGUUGCUGCUGAAAUGGUCGAGCAGUUGGAGUUAGCAGACUGUGAUGUUACUUUCAUUGCUGAUUUUAUUGAUCUUUUGAUAGUGAAUCUUGUCCCUGGUCAGCAGCUGAUGAAUGAUGCAGUAAUGAGUACUUCCAGCGAAUCUAAAAUGGGUGAAAGUGAGCACGUAAUUACUUCCCAGCAGCAUCCAUCGGAGUUGACACAUGAUUAUGUACUAGUUGAAGGUAUGAUGCAUUCGAAAGAAGCCAAUGCAUCACCAAGUGAUUAUAUUGAUUCUCUCUUGAAUGCAACCAAUCUAGGAGGACCAAAUAGCUCUGAAGGGUCAGACAUUUCUGUUCAGCUUGAUGGGAGUUCCAAAAGUCUUAGUGAGUAUGGCGUUGACGAAUACAGGACACUGGAAUGUGGUGCGUACAAAGGAACCGAUAAACUGGGCUGCAGACAUCCGUUAAGUAAUGGUUCAAGUAAUUUUGCAAUCUUUCAGAUGGAUCAAGCAUCACAUCACUCGGAGUUGGUGAUCGGUGCAUCGGUUUCAAUUACUGAAAAUCGAGAUGUGUUAAAUGGAGAGCUUGGUCUGAUUGAAGCUCAGUACGAGCAAUGGUUUCGUGAAUUAACAAGGAUGCGGGAAGAAGCUUUGGAAGGAGCCCGGAAGAAGUGGUUACCAGAUAAAUGAUGAUGUAUAAAGUCAAGUUUUGUGUUUCAUCUGAACAUCAUAAGAAAGAAUGUUCAGAUGUUCAUGUUCCAGCUUCCUGGUUCAACAUUUCUUGUGUUUCAUACAUAAUUGAGCAACGUUAAUAAUUUUUAGUUUAAACGUUGCUGUAGUCUGCAAUGCUGUAAAGCCAGCUUGUUGGUAAUUAUUAAGCCGUUUGGCAAGAGUUUACAGCAUGAUAUUUUGAUGGUGUUAAUGAAUGUUUGAUGCCGUAA